GUAAUUAAAUUCUUAUUGUCCAUUCUUUUUACUAAAAGUAACAGUAUCUUCCUAUGCGGCGUUGUAAUCAUACUGUUUUAAUAGUUGCUUAGUAUCAUUUAAAAAUGGUGUACCUUAUCAAUAGAGUGCAAAAGGACAGAAGAAUAGAAAAGAACAAGCUCGUUAAUACAGCUGCCGUAAAAGAAUGUCACUAUGAUAACAAACUAGUGGGCAUUCGACACAUGAUUAUUUUCCUCCUAUUCCUGGCCACCGUGGUGUCCUACGCGACACGAGUAAGCAUCAGUGUCACCAUCCUCGCCAUGACCAAGGAAAACGAUUAUGGGUAUGAGGUGUUCGACUGGGAGCAGUCCACGAGGGACACGAUCCUGUCGUCGUUCUUCUGGGGCUACAUCGUGCUGCAGAUCCCGGCCGGCAUGUUCGUGGGCCGCUUCGGCGCGCGCCUGCUCAUUCUGCUGUCCAUGGCCAUGACCGGCCUUGUGAACCUCAUCCUGCCCUACGCAGCCGUUAAGGGGGGUUGGCAAGCGGUUUGCGCAUGCAGGAUAGUCAUGGGCCUGUUCCAGGGCCUGCUGUACCCCAGCCUACACGGCCUGGUGGGGCAGUGGGCGCCCGCGGACGAGAGGAGUCGCAUGGGCACUUUUGUUUAUUCCGGCGCCCAGCUUGGAACCAUCAUAGAGAUGGUGGUGGCCGGAGUGCUGUGUGACGGCAGCUGGGGCUGGCCCGCCGUGUUCUACGUGGCGGGCGUCACAUGUGUGGCGUGGUCGCUACUGUGGUGGGUGCUGGGCGCCUCUAGUCCCAGCGCCAGCCGCUGGAUCUCAAAGGAGGAGAUGAAGUACAUCGAGAGCAACGCAGGCUCGCAUGACCUCAACGAGAAAAAGAAAAUGCCUACUCCAUGGAAAGGAAUUUGGACUUCGCUGCCCUUCUGGUCUAUCCUCCUGGCGCACAGCGGCCAGAGUCUUGGUUUCUGGACUCUGUUGACUGAAAUGCCUUCCUACAUGGACAAAGUUCUUGGAGUCGAUAUCAAGAGUAACGGGCUUUUAUCGGCAUUGCCAUACGUAGCUAUGUACGUCCUCAGCUUCGUGUUCAGCUGGUGCGCCGAGCUGAUGGUCAACAAAAAGAUCUGCUCGCUCGGCACCACCAGGAAGAUCUUCAACACAAUCGCGUUCUGGGGUCCCGCAGCCGCCCUGCUGGUGCUGUCGUACAUUCCGGCCGGACAUCUGCCGCUCGCCGUGGCCAUGCUCACGGUUACUGUGGGGUUGAACGGCGCGCACUACUUCGGCUUCUUGAUCUCCCACAUCGACUUAUCGCCGAACUUCGCCAGCACUCUGAUGGGCAUCACGAAUGGCUGCGGAAACAUCUUCUCCAUACUCGCUCCAUUGAGUGUUUCUUUGGUUGUGAAGGAUGAGACCAGCGCCGCUGACUGGCGGAAGGUGUUCUUCAUUAGUAUCGCAUUUUACUUCCUCGCCAACCUGUUCUUCCUUCUGUUCAUGUCGGACCGCGUCCAACCUUGGAACGAGCCUCAACAGAAAACUACCGCCGUCGAGGAUGGAGUGGAGAAAUCCAAAGAAGCUAACUCUACAAAGAUGGAAAAGACAGGGGAGCAUAAGUUUUGAGAGCAACUUGUAAAUAUUAUUAGGUUGAAGCACUAGUCAUCGCAAGCGAUUGCUUGAAGUUUUGUGAUACUGUCUCAUUGUUGUCAUAAAUAAUUAUAAGUUAAAUAGUGUACGCAUAUUUGGCACCAAAAAACGUCGCGGGGUACAAUAUCUUGUUAAUCGUCAUAAAAUUAAUAUUUCCAAACCUCGCCAGUAUAUACGAUGUUUCACCUUUUGAGUGCUCUCGUUUUCAGCUUGCGCAUGUAAUAUUACGACCAUCCGCAUCUCACUUCCGCUUUAGUAUCUUGGUUGAUUACGUAGUUCUUCACAGAAAAAAAGAUAUGUUAAGCUUGACAAUAUUUAUGACUUGUUAAAAUAUAAUUUAUUUUUUAAUGGUUGCUAAAAAUUAAAGAAUUUUUUUAAUAGAGAGAAAAAACAAAAUUGUACGAUAAUUUGAAGUAAAAAGGGGUUUUCUAGUUAUUGAUAAAAUAAAAACUUAACGUGUUGUGACAUAACUGAGUUUGAAAGAUUUAAAACAAACAUUGUUUUGAAUUCUUUUUAUUGUUAAUUUAAUUGAUAUCAUCGGUUUUAAAACAAUUCGAAGUAGAGUAGUGUCGAACCAAGCAGCAAUAGAUUAAUUUUACCAUUAUUAUAAACAUCUUCUGAAGAUUCGGCGAUUCCGAAUUUGAAUAGUAGUUUAGUUUAUAUGGCAAUACUGCUCAAAUACCACGCUAUCAUGAGUUACAUCUCAUUUGGAAAGCACUGUUGGUAGGCUGGUGGUGCUUGGCGCACUCCUACAAGUUUGUUAAAUAAGUAUUUUUAUUUACAAGAAAUUCUGUUAUUUACAAGUGUCCUUUGUGAUUCUUACUUGCUUUUAGUAGCUACUAUAAAUUGAUUGUUUAUUACAAGUAACGUAUAACAUUGAAGAGUAACUUCCAAACAUCUAUUUUGGAUGUGCUGAUGAUGUUUCUGAUGAGGCUCGGGCAUCGGGUUAAUUUGAUCAAGACAAUUAUAUGUAUUAGUAAAUGACAAGAUGAAUCGGAUAUACUUAUAUACUAUAGAAAUAUGUUUCGGAACGUUGAUACCUAUAUCGUAUAUGCAAGACUACUUAGUCGAACACCAUAAAAAAGUAUCACUAAUGCACGAUUUAGAGAAAUUAUUUUAAUUUCAAGUAACGUAUAUUUUAUUUUUCAUAUAAACGUCACAAUCACACGUGUGUGUAAAUUAUUGUUUGAAUAUUUUCUAGGUCUAUAACCUUUUUUUAUC